UAUGUUCAAGCUUACGAUUUUGUUCUGGCUGCUGGUGAAGCUGCGUCAAUGCAUUUUUGAUUGCUGCGUUCAAGACAUCGCAAGCAAUUUUAUCGUCGUGCGGUUACCUCGCGAUGAUUUCGUCCUUAAUAGCACUGACGAAGAUCUUGUUGUCGAAGUUUUCGACAUGUCACAAAGUCCAAUAACGAGAGCGCCACAGAGAGACUCGUUGAGCGUCAAUAAGUCGAAGUUUGGGACUCGCUGGUGGCUCAAAAACACGACGUACAACUUUGAAAAAAUCGUUUACUAAACCCAUUCCUUCAAUCUUUUCUUUAUAACAUUUCUCUUCUUAAUACGUUACCUAUGUCUCAUUCCUAUACCCUUUGUUGAUUAUUCUUCUAUGCAUUUUAACGAACCUCUUUUAUAUUCUUUCUGGAUGAUUUUUCUAUGCGUUUUAUGACCACCUUUUAUAUUCUUUCUGUAUGAUUCUUAUGUCCGUUUUCUAUGCCCCUCUAAAUCCUAUUUUUUGUCUUUCGCUUCUUUUCUUAUA